AAAAUGAAGCUUUAAUAAAAUACUUGCGUUGCUUUAGAAUAGUGAGUUACAGUACUCUAUCAGAAACAGCCAGAGACAUCGCAUAAAUAAAACAUUUAUUAUUGAAAUGUUGAACUUCAUACAAAUUUGUUUAAUAUUUUUAAGCUUUUUCGGCAUUUUCGCGAGUAAAAUAUGUGCAGAAAACAAUGAAAAUUAUCCUCCCUUCGAGAAAGUUGGUAACAAGCAUUAUUUUAUAAAUGGUGAUUUGAAGAUUAACUGGUUCGAAUCAUCAGAGUACUGUCGCUCUAUUGGUGGUAAUUUGGCGAAUAUUGCCUCGCUUGACGAAUAUUUGGCGCUGGAAAAAUAUAUCUUAGCUAGAGGUAUUGGCUCGCCACUUUGGUUUGAUGGCAACGAUUUGGCAAAUGAAGGAAGAUAUAUGUCACACAGCACUGGUCAACCCAUAGUAUUUACCAAAUGGUACCCAAAUAACCCUGACAAUUCAGGGGAUGAAGAUUGCCUUGAAGUUUGUAUUCAUGGCAAAACCCUUCUGAUGAAUGAUAAUAAGUGUGCACGUUUAUAUUAUGCAAUUUGUCAGCUUCGCGAACCUAUCAUGCAUUGCUGCGGGAAAUAUUCAUUAGUGCAUCAAGAUGAAAACUGUAUACUAAAGAACUUAGUAGAAUCUUUGAUGCAGGCAGCUGAUGCAUUUAAAUCACACUCGCAACCUCUUCUUUGUCCAACAUCAUAAUGUGUGAACAGGAAACAUUAGUAUAUUUUUCCGUAAAACAAAGAACAAAGCGCCGGAUUGGUCAUAUAGAGAAUAGAAUGAAAUUGUGAAACGAUUACUGUAAUAUUUGUCAUACUAAAAACCGCAAAUAAUAUAUUAAAUCAUGUUUUUAAAGAAAAUUGAGCAA